UCACAAUCAAUAGCAGCAAAAUAAAGCAAAAACAGCAGAAAAAUUUUCUUUUCCUUCUUGCGCCCAGCCUUCCCAUCGGCUUUAUUUUUAUUCUGAGUAUCUUUGCGCAAAAGGGUCACUUGGCCUUAAAAAGAGAUAUUUGCCAUUCCGUAAUCCAUUUCAUAUGCUGUUACAAAUUCCACCUUUAAUUUAAUACCUCGCCGCCAUUAUUCGCUGCCUCCCCCCUUUCCAAUUCAUUCCAAUUCACACAACAAAUAGGCAUGGCGUCCUUUGACCGAAAAACCGACAAGGCCACGCAUUUCGAGACCAGCAAGGGCAUCAGCGUGGUCAGUUCGUUCGACAAGAUGGGCCUGAAGGAGGAUCUGCUGCGCGGCAUCUACGCAUACAACUUUGAGCGGCCAUCAGCCAUCCAGCAGCGCGCCAUCAUGCCGAUCAUCAGCGGCCGCGACGUCAUUGCACAGGCGCAGUCAGGCACAGGCAAGACCGGCACGUUGGGCAUCUCGCUGCUGCAGCGCAUCGACACGGCUCUGCGCGAGACGCAGGCGCUGGUGCUGUCGCCGACCAGGGAGCUGGCGACCCAGACGCAGGGCGUCGUGGCAGCGCUGGGCGACUACAUGAGCGUGCAGUGCCACGCGUGCAUCGGCGGCACCAAGAUGGCCGACGACAUGCGGCGCCUCGAGAGCGGCGUGCACGUGGUAUCGGGCACGCCCGGCCGCGUCUACGACAUGCUCAAGCGCCGCGUGCUGCGCGCCCGCAACAUGAAGGUGCUGGUGCUGGACGAGGCCGACCAGCUUCUUGAUCGCGGAUUCAAGGAUCAGAUCUACGACAUCUACCGCCACCUGCCGCCGUCCACGCAGGUCGUGCUGCUGAGCGCGACGCUGCCGGGCGACGUGCUGGAGCUGACCCAAAAGUUUAUGAAGGAGCCCAUGCGCAUCCUGGUCAAGCGCGACGAGCUGACCCUCGAGGGCAUCAGCCAGUUCUUUGUCAAUGUCGAAAAAGAGGACUGGAAGUUCGAGACGCUCUGCGACCUGUACGACUCGCUGACCAUCACGCAGGCCGUCAUCUUCUGCAACACACGCGCCAAGGUCGACUGGCUGACCAAGCAGAUGGAGUCGGCCAACUUUACCGUCGCCGCCAUGCACGGCGAGAUGCUGCAGAAGGAGCGCGACUCGAUCAUGACAAAGUUCCGCCAGGGCACGUCGCGCGUGCUGAUCACCACCGACAUCUGGGCCCGCGGCAUCGACGUGCAGCAGGUGUCGCUGGUCAUCAACUAUGACAUGUGCAUCAACCGCGAGAACUACAUCCACCGCAUUGGCCGCUCGGGCCGCUUUGGCCGCAAGGGUGUGGCCAUUAACUUUGUCACGUCCGACGACGUCAAGCUGCUGCGCGACAUCGAGCAGUACUACGGCACGCAGAUCGACGAGAUGCCGAUGAACGUGACGGAUCUGUUGUAAAAAAAUUAAAUUAAAUUAAAAUUAAGUUAAGUAUUUCAGGGC